AUGGACUUACCCGUCAACCCUCUCCACGCCGAGCGCGCCCGUCGAAAGAGCCGCUCCUCCACCAACCUCAAUCACCUGACCCUGGCGCCCCUGACGACCAAAAUGCCCUUCACCGGCCACGACCAAAGCGGCGGCGUUUACGAUAAUGACGCUGCCGGUACCCGCGCUCACGCGACGAUCAGCACGUCCUACAUUGAAGGACGAUCAGCCCCUACGACACCGCGCCUGCUAUCGCGCACACCAGGCAUCGGCCCCCGAUCACACUCGCACCACCGCACAGCCUCCGCCUCGGGACAAGGAGGUCCCGUGACGAAGAGCAAGUCGACGACGCAGCUCCAUCAGAAGUCCAGAACGCCGGGGGCCACCACACCCAAGCGACGAGCAGGGCCCAAGGACAGUGACAGUGACAGCGACUGGCUCUUCCGCACUGGCGCCUUGAUAAGCACCGAGGCGCGCGAGUUCAAGGGUCAGGCAUGGCUUGUAUCACGGCAGAGCUCGACGAGCCUAGUAAGCAUGAAGGACGAGGGCGAUGACCGAGACUUCGAGCGGGAGCUGGACGAAGAGAAGGACGCGGGCAGCAGCCGGCGAGGCAGCUCGGCGGCUGCAUCCGACCAUAAUGGCCAUCACGGCAAGUUGCCGAUGCGCGGGAGCCGUCUGACCAGUAGGGCUAACAGCGCUACACGACGGAGUUCACUCGCCUCGCCGAUGCCGACACUCACCGACAGCCACGAGGAUUCCUACUUUGGCUCUGCCGCCGUCGACGACGACGACAGCGUGCACCAGCAGGGCCCGGACUUUAUCAACCUAGAUGAGAGGCUAGAGCAGCUCGGUGGUGUUGACGGCGAUUGUGGUCUGCAGGACGACGAGGCGGCCGUGAGACGUUUGGUGCGUCGUGGAAAAGCCGAUAGGGGCACAUGGCUCAGCAAUGUCUUUGGUUGGACCCUGUUUUCUGUCGAGGAAGAUGAAGAUGACGAAGAAGGGAGUGAAGAAGAUGAAGAAGAAGAAGAAGAAGAAGAAGAAGCGGGUGAGGAGGAUGAGGGGCGGUCGAAGAAGCUGGCAGGGCGGAGUAGUUGGGCGGUACGGCAUUUCGAAGGGGUGUCUAAUGCGCCUGAUGAGAGAAUUGACCCUCCAAAAGGAGAGGAAGGGCCGUGGGGAGAUGCAGCUUGGCUUCUGAGCGUGGCUACAAAGGUCAUGUUCUAA